CGAAGAUGAGGAUCAGCUCGCCAGGGGCGGCACAACCCCUGGUGAAGACAUCGAUGAAGAGGACGACGAUCAAGGCGGAGGUGGCACAAAUAAUUUUCCCUUGAAAAUGGCGUCCGACACAACCAGGGGUCGAAUCACAGCCGUCGCAGGCGGCUUCUUACGAGGCUCCGCCGGACAGCAAGUGAACUUCGACCCCGAGGCGCCUCCACUGCCGCCAACACAUGUCGUACAGACGACCUGUCUGCUCGAACGACCGGAAAUUGACAAGAAAGUCAAGAGGCACAGCAUACACGGUAUGAUGGAGGAAGAGAACGUCGUGAGACCUCAUCAGGAAAUGGCCAGCCUGUCGCUUCAGGAAAAGAAAUAUCUUCUCGCUGUCGAGCGCGGAGACGUGGCUUCCGUUAGAAGAAUGCUCCAAAAAGCCCACGAGGCCGACAUUAACAUUAACUGCGUGGAUCCUCUUGGACGAUCAGCCCUCCUCAUGGCGAUCGAUAAUGAAAAUCUAGAGAUGGUGGAGCUUUUAAUAGAGCACAAGGUCGAUACCAAGGAUGCGCUCCUUCACGCUAUCUCCGAGGAAUUCGUUGAAGCGGUGGAGGUCCUUCUAGAACAUGAGGAGACCCUUCACAGGAAUGGCGAGCCACACAGCUGGGAGGCUCUACCUCCUGAUACAGCCACGUUCACGCCCGACAUUACGCCAUUGAUCCUGUCGGCCCACAGGGACAACUACGAAAUUAUAAAGAUUCUCCUAGAUCGUGGGUCGAUUCUGCCGAUGCCACACGAUGUUCGCUGUGGAUGCGACGAGUGCGUGACAUCGAGAAUGGAGGAUUCCCUGAGGCAUUCAAGGAGUCGAAUAAACGCCUAUCGGGCAUUGGCGUCGCCGUCUUUGAUAGCACUGUCGUCUAAGGAUCCUAUCCUGACUGCUUUUGAACUCUCUUGGGAACUUCGACGUCUUUCGUUCUUGGAGCAUGAGUUCAAGUGCGAAUAUCAGGAACUCCGAAGACAGUGCCAAGACUUCGCGACCGCAUUACUGGACCACACUAGAAGUUCCUACGAGCUUGAAGUCCUGCUGAAUCACGACCCAACGGGACCAGCUUUUGAGCACGGAGAGAGGAUGCAUCUUAACCGCUUAAAAUUAGCCAUUAAGCUAAGACAAAAGAAGUUCGUAGCGCAUCCUAACGUGCAGCAGCUACUGGCAUCGAUCUGGUACGAGGGUCUGCCGGGGUUUCGAAGGAAGAACAUGUUCCUCCAAGCGCUGGAGAUCGUCAGGAUCGGCGUCCUUUUCCCAUUCUUCAGCGUAGCUUACAUCAUUGCACCACACAGCAUGAUCGGCAAAACCAUGAGGAAGCCAUUUAUCAAAUUCAUCUGUCAUUCUGCGUCAUAUUUCACUUUUCUAUUCAUGUUAAUACUGGCUAGUCAGCGGAUAGAGAGCGUGAUCGGUAAUUGGAUGGGACAUGAUGUCGUGGAGCACGAACCAGCGCCGACGAAAAGAGGUGCUGCACCAACGAUUGUGGAAUGGUUUAUAUUGGCCUGGGUGUCGGGAUUGAUCUGGUCGGAGGUGAAACAAUUGUGGGAUGUGGGCCUGGAGGAAUACGUGAACGAUAUGUGGAACGUGAUCGACUUCGUAACGAAUUCGCUAUACGUAGCCACAGUGGCGCUCAGAGUCGUAGCUUACUACAGGGUGCUAAAGGAGAACAAGGAUCAAGUGCCGGUGAUCGAACUCCAGCGUGAGCAGUGGGACACUUGGGACCCGAUGCUCAUCUCUGAGGGCCUCUUCUCCGCCGCUAACAUUUUCAGUUCGCUAAAACUCGUCUACAUAUUCUCCGUAAAUCCUCAUCUCGGUCCGCUGCAAGUUUCCUUGUCGAGGAUGGUCAUGGACAUUAUGAAAUUCUUCUUCCUCUACGUGUUGGUCCUCUUCGCUUUCUCGUGCGGUCUCAAUCAACUUCUCUGGUAUUAUGCCGUCAUGGAGAAAAAACAGUGUCCCUCAGCGAUGUCAUAUGCGGCUAAUGUUAGCACAACCAAUGCUGACCCUAACGCGUGCACUGUUUGGCGUCGAUUCGCAAAUCUGUUUGAGACAAUACAAACGCUCUUCUGGGCAGUUUUUGGCCUGGUGGAUCUCGACAGUUUCGAACUAGACGGUAUCAAGGUAUUCACCAGGUUCUGGGGCAUGUUAAUGUUUGGUACUUACUCAGUUAUUAACAUCGUCGUCCUCCUGAAUCUCCUGAUUGCCAUGAUGAAUCAUUCCUAUCAACUAAUCUCGGAACGCGCCGACGUCGAGUGGAAGUUCGCGAGAAGCAAGCUCUGGAUCAGCUAUUUCGAGGAAGGCGGUACCGUUCCGCCACCGUUUAACAUCAUACCAACUCCGAAGAGAAAAAGUGGACACAGCAGGGCAGCCAAAAAGGAGCACAUGCGAACAAUCAGGCGAAAGGUCAAACAAGCUUCCGAGCGGGACUUUAGAUAUCAGAGUAUCAUGAGAAAUUUGGUGAGACGAUAUGUCACGGUGGAGCAACGCAAAGCGGAGGGCGAGGGUGUCACGGAGGAUGACGUGAACGAGAUCAAACAAGAUAUCAGUGCGUUUCGUUGCGAGCUCAUCGAGAUACUGAAGAAUUCCGGCAUGAACACUUCCACUGCAGCGAGCAGCGGUACCGACGGUAGCCUUAAAGAGCUGUCCGUAGGUGCGGGUGGCAAGAAAAACCGUCAGAAGGAGCGGCGUUUAAUGAAGGGUUUCAAUAUCGGGCCACAACCGGGCGGAAGCAGCACCCUACCGCCCGUAGCUGAAUUCAUCGCGUCCCUUCAGCAAGCGCAACAUGAGAAUUCUCAUCAUGACUUAUUUGGCUCGACCCUGAGUGGCAUAUUUGGACCAGGCACAACCCCGAAGAAGAGCCCACAUCAUACCAGCACUAAUAGCGUGCCCGGGCUGGCUACAGGAUCGCGACAAAGCCACAGCAUCAGAAGUAGCUCUCGAAAGAAGCGUUGGGGCACUUUAAUCGAAGCUGCGAAAGCUGGAAGAGUCUCCAGACUAAUCGGUAGAUCUCGUUCCGAGGACUCGGUAUAUUCUCCGGCGUCCGAGGAUGGCGGCUCACGAUCCGAAGGCUCCUCGGACUCGAAGUCCUCCUUGGAGGGUGCUAGUCACGAUGUACAAAGCUCUCAGCAUCACUCUCAUUCUCAUCACGCACAUCAUCAGGCACAGCAUCAAGAGGCGCAUCACAUGUUUACCCACGGCCUGGGCCCGGCUUUGGCCGCCCUGAGGAAGAAGCGCAAAAAGUUCUCCGCCUCGAGGUCAUCUACGCCUGCGAUGACUAGCAGCACCAACACGAAUCCCGCAGACUCGAGCACGACGUCUUCGGUUGCCACCGUCCUGGCGGCCAGGAUCUCCUCGAAGAAACAGCUGCAACGCGCCAGCAGCGUGCCCACUCGAGGUCCGGAAUUAAUGCCGCAUUCGUUAAUAACGACGUCUCGACGGCACGAGGUUACGCAGAGCCAGCAACCCAGUCUCGAUGUCGUCGAAAUCGCCAUCAGCGAGCACAUUAACGCGCAGCAAGGUAUUAUCGUUCCACUGACACCGUCGACCACCGAAGAGAGCGUAGUGGCAAGUGGCUCGACGUCGAUCACGGCAAAGCGAAACGGAUCGGCGACACAGCUGCAACGUCUUCCCGGCAUCGAGCCGAUUUCCGGCCAUGACGUGUCCGCCGGCUGGCUCUGAGGAAACGGAU